AUGUCCGAAGAGCGUGAGAAGAACGUUUACUUCGCCAAGUUGGCCGAACAAGCUGAGCGUUACGAUGAGAUGGCCGAUUAUAUGAAAGUGGUCGCGGAGAGCGGUAGCGAGUUGACCGUCGAGGAGCGCAACCUGUUGUCUGUUGCCUACAAGAAUGCGGUUGGUUCUCGACGUGCUUCUUGGCGCAUCAUCUCUUCGGUUGAGCAGAAGGAGUCCUCCAAAGGUAAAGACUCUAAUGCGGAGAUUGCUAAGGGCUACAGAGAGAAGGUUGAAGCCGAGCUCCAGGAGAUUUGUGAUGCCAUACUCCAGCUGCUGGACAAGUACCUUAUUCCUAGCUCACAGACUGGAGAGUCCAAGGUGUUCUAUUAUAAGAUGAAGGGUGACUACUAUCGCUACAUUGCUGAAUUCAACUCGGGCGAGGGCAAGAGCAAGGCUGCUGAGAACGCCCAUCAGGCCUAUAAGGACGCCUCCGCCACUGCCCAGUCCGACUUGUUGGUAACUCAUCCUAUCAGACUCGGCCUCGCCCUCAACUUCUCUGUUUUCUAUUAUGAGGUUUUGAAUCAGCCUGAUGAGGCCUGUAAGAUGGCGAGAACGGCAUUCGAGGACGCCAUCGCUGAGCUCGAUAAUGUUAGUGAGGAAAGUUACAAGGACUCAACUCUUAUUAUGCAGCUCCUCAGAGACAAUCUUACUCUUUGGACAUCUGAUCAGGAUGGUGGCGAUGGUGCCGCCGCGUGAUGGAUCGCACGUUAUCGUGCACUCUGAUUUCAUUCGGCCAUGUGAUCAGUACUUUCUCGUGUGUAUCAUGGGGAUCGAUGGGUGCAUGGUAUCUCAUUGUUCAAAUCUGCAUGCGCCGAGCUGCGAC